ACACUCCUCACGUUACAGUUUACACAUACACUUCUAUUUCUAUUUUUAUAUUUUUAAUAGUUAAUCUCUUUUUUCCUAAACCUAUUUUGUCGUUCGGACAGUUAAAAACCCCUGCCGCCGCCGUCCCGUUCCUUCCGGACGGCCUCUCAGCUCCUGCUCUCUCACGCCGCUCUCCCUGCCUUCCGACGAAAUCGCUGCCCUCACCCCCUCCGAGCAAUCAGAGUUACUUACCUACUUCCUUCUUCUCAGAAACGCAGUGGUUCAGCCCCUAAACCCUAGGAGCCUUUAGAUUCAAUUUUUUUUGAAAAGGAAACAAUGUGGUUGGACCCAAUUUCUUGGGCAAGAUUCAAGGAAUUAUUAUUUGAUCAAUAUCUUCUUGAUACUAUGGAAGAUAAGGAAGGAGUGCUUUUACUACUCAUUCAAAGAUGCAUGUUAGUGGCACAACAGAAGGUUUUUUGAGUUGUCUCACUUCACCCCUGAUCAGAUCGAUAUGGAGCAAAGAAAGGAAUUCAAAAUCACAAGCAUACAGUAUGAGCAAAAUUAUUUAUAUCCCAGAUAAGCUGCCAACUCCACCGGAUCAACAACCCACUGUUAAUGUCUUUGCUGCUGUGGUUGAACCCAAGAUAAUCAAUAAUCUUGUGAGGCGACUAAAUCAGAUAGCGCCAUUGGAAAAUCUUCGCCAUGUGAAGAGAGUUCAGAAGAAGCACCUUGAAGAUGGAAAGACUCAAAUAGCAUUGAUCCUAUGUGUUGCAAGUGAAAACAAUUGCGAUUUGGAUGUUUUGUCUCCUUGUGUGCAAGAGCUUGUGACGUCAUACAAGUUGAGUGCCUUUAUCACAAAGGUUUGUAAGGAAGCAGCAACGACAAAAGAAGAAUGGGAAGAGCAGUGCAAGCUUUGGCCAACAUCAUAUCAUCCACCCACAUACAAUAUUGAUGGUAUCACUGGCUUUAAUGAAGUGGAUACACAAUCAAUUUUUGGCUUCAUGCGAUUAGCAAUAGAAUUAGCACAGUCUUCUAGUAAAUCGUUUCAAGAGCUGGGAAUCUAUCUUCUACAGGUAGUAAAUGCUGCGGUGAUUGUUGAUCCGUCAGUUACACAAGUAAUUGCAAGUGCCUGUGAUCAUCAUAUUUCCUUCGAGAAUGCUUCCACAAGCAAUGUCAACGGAGAAACAAGCUUUGAAAAAUCCCCAAAAUCUCUUUGUUCUCAUUUUGGCUCCAAUGGAUCCAUUAUCCAUGGAACUUUUCCCUCAAGUUCCUCGUUGGAAAAACUGAAACAAUCAUGUGCAGAUGUUUCCUGUUUGUACCCCUUGCGAUGGGUUGACCAACCAUUACCACAUUCCUCAAAUUCUUGUUGUUGGCACCCUCUAAGGCAUGCUGCUAUUGCAGCUAUUGAAUCUUCUGCUGCCCGAGAUCGUCGUCUGUUCCCAACUCUUGAAACCACGGGUGAUAAGUCAGUUGAAAUGGAGCAUAUGGGCCCUCUGACAAAACUAGCAAAAAGACAGAAGAUUGACCUUGACAAUGCCAACAGCAAGGAGAAAAAAGUAGGUACUGACGGUGAAGGCACAUAUUCUAAACUAGGCAGACCUUAUCUGUGCACUGAUUAUGACAUUUAUCUUGUGUGGGAGCCAUGUAUUAUGUGUGCAAUGGCACUGGUUCAUCAACGAGUUAGGCGCGUGUUUUAUGCGUUCCCAAAUCCUAGCCAUGGGGCAUUGGGCAGUGCUCACAGACUACAGGGUGAAAAAAGUUUAAACCACCAUUACGCUGUUUUUAGAGUUUUGCUUCAUGAAGAUGUACUUUAGUGGGCGGUGUUCUCUGGCUCCAGGACUCGUCAGUUCAAUUGUAGCUGAAGCUGUGGAGAUGAUCAUUAUUAUUAUCAUUAUCAUUAUCAUUAUCGUUAUUUUUAUUUUGGGUACAUCAGGCUUUUAAAUUAAGGUGUAUGGAUGAGUUGGGAGCAACAUUGUAAUUUCUAUCAAAACUAUCAGAAGUUUCCAUUAGAUGCUUCGAGGUCAUUCUUUUGGUAUUAGACAUAAUAAACAAUUUACCAUAGGUUAUUUACAUGCUCAAAGUCUGAACUAAUCAGACAAAUUGACAUAAUUGAAAAAUAGUUAUUUAUAGAAAUGGUUGCAGUGUUUCGAUGUUGUCCUUCA